UCUUCCCGCGCGCGAGACGCCCCACUCUUUCUGCUUCUCGGCCGCGUGUGUCUUUGCAGCAUCUUCCGUUCUGCAUUUCCAGGCUUUGGGCUUCUCCGAGGCGGGCCGGUCGCACACUUGGAGGCGAAACAUUCCCUUUGGGGGAAGGCUGCCUGGUGCUCUGUUCGACUGCGAGGACCGCUGGGAGGGGCAGGCGGCGUCGGUGGCGACCUUACCCACAGCCAAGACUGAAGGGCCACCCUUCCCCCCCUUCCCCACGUGACCGCCGCCAUCUUACUCUGCGGGCACCGCGGAAACGCAAAGGUUUUCUGGGCCUGCGCAAUGGACUUGAAGUCACCGCCAUGUCCUCUGAAGAAGGGAAGCUCUUCGUGGGAGGGCUCAACUUUAACACCGAUGAGCAAGCGCUGGAAGACCAUUUCAGCAGCUUUGGACCCAUCUCUGAGGUGGUCGUAGUCAAGGACCGGGAGACUCAGCGUUCCCGGGGUUUUGGCUUUAUCACCUUCACCAAUCCCGAACAUGCCUCAGAUGCUAUGCGUGCCAUGAAUGGAGAGUCUCUGGAUGGUCGCCAGAUUCGUGUGGACCACGCAGGCAAGUCUGCCAGGGGAACCCGAGGGGGUGCCUUUGGGGCCCAUGGGCGUGGUCGCAGCUACUCCAGAGGUGGUGGGGACCAGAGCUACGGGAGUGGCAGGUACGACAGUCGUCCCGGAGGAUAUGGCUAUGGCUAUGGAAGGUCCAGAGACUAUGGUGGCAGAAGCCAGGGUGGUUAUGACCGCUACUCAGGAGGAAAUUACAGAGACAAUUAUGACAACUGAGAUGAAGCAUACACACCUAAGAUACACAAGGAAUAAAACUUCUGAUCCAGGACCAUCCUCUCAAAUGGCUGUAUUUAUAAAGAUUUUUGGAGCUGCACUGAAACAACUGUUUUAGUAUGUCAACUUACAUUUUUGAAUUGAGCUCCCAAGGUAGCUUGUUAAAGACCUUUUACUUAUGGAAAGCUCCACAUUUUUAAACAAUUUCUCCCAUUGCAGACUUAAAAAUUUUGGGACAUUUUAAGAGUCUGGGUAAUUUUUCUUUUUGCUGGCUUGGACUCAGGAUUAUCAGUUCUGGCCAAAAAUUGGCCAGAUAAUUUUUAACAAUAAGGUGCAUUUACAGACUUUUAUAAAACUUACACAUGAUCCUUAAACUAAGGAAGCAAUUUCCAAAUGUAACUGCAAGAAGUCUCCAUCAAGAACAAUUACUUGAGGCUUAUUUUCUCAAGCUCACCACCCAGAUUAUAUAGAAAAGUUUCUUAAAAAUAUUUGUGAAUGUCAUUUUUUAAAUACUGGAAGAAAAAUAUUCUGUUGUGUUCAUGUAGCCCUUAAGGUGUCCUUUGAAGAGUUGAUUAAAAAGUUGAAACUUGAAAAUAAA